AUAUUGCCCGGGCGCGAGCAACUUUGUUAACAUACCUCUUUCCUCGUCGUCCCCUAUAUCACAAAUUUGGACUAGCCACCGCAAAAGUUGUCGUAUUUGAACGUAGUCUACCUAUACCUAUCUCGGUAGAUUUUCGUACGUUAGCGUUAGCAGUUAUAGUUUGUGGAGAGAGGGUUCGAUAUGGCUUCUUCAAUACAAUGUGUCACAAGCGCUACUCGCGUUUUGCGUUUACUGACUAUAGCGAAAAAAAAUUGUUGCAAUGCAAGAAAAUCAAUAAACGCCAACAUUGUUUUUCCCCUGCAAGCAAAAGGAAGUACAACAACAUCACAAGCACUUGAAUAUGGCAAAAUAAUCCCCAAUGCUUCUAACAUUGGGUACUCCACUCUUUUAACAAGACGAUUGAUUAACGAUUCGAAAACAAAUUGCAGACACUUUUCAAGUCUACAGAAGACGCAUACGAAUUGCAAGCCUAUUAUAUUCACUGAUCAUACGACCAUGGUGCCUUGGAACCGACGUUAUUUUUCAUCUAAUGAGAUCACAAAAAAUAUAACCUUGUUCACAAAUGAGCCAUUUAAGAGUGAAGUGGAUCCAAAGACUUUAAAAAUCAAGCAGCCUUCUGGGAAUCCACUUGUUUUGAUGAUGGCAUGGCUAAUGGCUAAGCAAAAACACUUGAGAAAAUAUGCUCAAAUAUACACUGAUAUAGGAUUUGAUGUUGUGAUAGUACAUGUUACGCCAUGGCAACUUCUUUGGCCCGUUAAAGGAACACAAGUUGUGGCUGCAGACACCCUUAAAUUCCUGGAAAAUAACAUAUCCUAUGCGCCAAUUGUUGUCCACGGGUUUUCUGUGGGCGCUUAUCAGCUUGGAGAAGUAAUGCUACAAAUGGCUCGCAAUAUAGAAAGGUAUACACAUAUAUUAGACAGAAUUGUCUGUCAAAUUUGGGAUAGUGCUGCCGAUAUUACUGAAAUCCCUGUCGGAGUGCCGAAGUCCCUUUUUCCCAAAAAUCCACGCAUGCAAAGCGCUUUACGUAAUUAUAUCCUUUACCAUAUGAAAACAUUCCAUAACCAAGCUACUGUCCAUUACAUGCGAUCCAGCCAAAUGUUUCAUUCUACUUUAAUUAAACAACCAGCACUGUUUUUUGUAUCGGAAAAUGAUAAUAUUGGACCUCCAUCAUCUAACCACGCAGUACGUGAAAAUUGGGAGCGUGCUAAUAUCAAAGUUACUUUUAAGUGUUGGGAACAUUCACAGCAUGCCGCACAUCUUAUUAGACAUCGCGAAGAAUAUUUAGAGUGUCUAUUAAAACACCUUGAAAGUUCUGGUGCGAUCGACAGUAUCGGCUUAAAAACACGUGCAAAAUUAUAAUUAUUAUUUUAAACAUUUUAAAUUAACGACUUUAAGGCAAUAAAAAAUUAAGAAUUAACUAUGGAUAAAGCCCAACGUUAAUUGUUCGUGGCAGCCACUAAA